AUGUCGACGCGCCACAUGCACAUGAUCUCGAUCGGUGGUUCUAUCGGUGCUGGUUUCUUCGUCGGCUCCGGCAAGGCCCUUGCCGACGGCGGUCCCGGCUCGCUCUUCAUUGACUUCCUCAUUAUCGGAGUCAUGAUGUUCAACACUGUCUACGCUCUCGGCGAACUCGCCGUCAUGUACCCGGUCUCUGGUGGCUUCUACACAUACUCAACUCGCUUCAUCGAUCCUUCUUGGGGUUUUGCCAUGGGCUGGAACUAUCAUACUGGGACUCUGAAAUCAAACUCGAAAACUGUCUGGAUCACCGUCUUCUUCGUCGCCAUUCUCUUCAUCAACAUCUUUGGUGCGCUCGGCUACGCUGAAGAGGAAUUCUGGUCGUCGGUACUCAAGCUCGGAGCGAUCGUCGUCUUCAUGAUCAUUGCCUUCGUCCUCGUCCUCGGCGGCGGCCCCGCCGGCAGCAAGUAUGACUCGUACGUCGGCGCGCGUACCUGGUACGAGCCCGGUGCCUUUGCCCACGGCUUCCGCGGUUUCUGCAGUGUUUUUGUCACGGCCGCUUUCUCUUUCUCCGGAACCGAGCUCGUCGGUCUCGCCGCAGCUGAGGGCCAAGAACCCCCUCAAGUCGCUCCCCGGUGCCAUCAAGCAGGUCUUCUGGCGUAUCACCCUCUUCUACAUCCUGGGCCUGUUCUUCGUCGGCCUCCUGAUCCCGCACGACGAUCCGAGCCUUCUGGGUUCCGAAGAACUCCAACCCCUAUGCCGAUGUCGCCGCCUCGCCUUUUGUGCUCGUGGGCAAGUCACGCUAACCUCAACGGCUACGACUCGUUCAUGAACGUUAUCAUCCUGGUUUCGGUCCUGUCCAUCGGCGUGUCCGCCGUCUACGGCGGCUCCCGCACGCUCACCGCUCUCUCCCAGCAGGGCUACGCCCCUAGGAUCUUCUCGUACAUUGACCGCUCCGGCCGCCCGCUCAUCUCGGUCGUCGCCAUCUGCGCCUUCGCCCCGCUGGCGUAUGUCAACCUCCACGCUGAUGGGCCGACCGUGUUUGACUGGCUGCUCGCCUUGUCGGGUCUCGCCGCCCUCUUCACCUGGGGCUCCAUCUGCCUGGCCCACAUCCGCUUCCGCACCGCGUGGCUCAAGCAGGGCCACACCCUGGAUGAGAUCCCGUUCCGUGCCCUCGGUGGCGUCUACGGCUCCUACAUCGGCCUCGGCCUCAACAUCCUCUGCCUCAUCGCUCAGCUCUACGUCUCCAUCUGCCCCGUUAAGGGCGGCUUCAACGACGCCGAGGGCUUCUUCAAGUCGUACCUGGCCAUGCCCGUCGUCAUUGUCUUCUGGAUCGGCGGCUUCCUGUGGAAGCGCACUGGCUGGUUGCGCACCGACCAGAUCGACCUUGAUACCGGCCGUCGUGAGCUCGACUGGGAUGCCAUCCACGCCGACCGCGCGAAGGUGGCUGCCAUGCCGGCGUGGAAGAGGACGUUUUACAAGUUGUUUGUUUAG